AUGGCCGUUCAGAAGCUCAAAAUCGCAGCCGCAGGCCUCGGCCGAAUGGGCAAGCGUCACGCCAUGCACUUCCUCAACCGUACACCGCGUGCCGAGCUCGUCGCAGCUUUCACUCCAGACGAGACCGAGUUGCGAUGGGCGCGCCUCAACCUCGAGCCGCACGGCGUGAAGCUGUUCAGCGACUACGAUGCGAUGCUCGAGCAGACGGAAGGGCUGCAGGCGGUUGUGAUCGCGACUGUGACGACGGUACAUGCUGAGGAGGCGCUGAAGGCUAUGGCAAAGAACCUGCAUGUGUUGUGUGAGAAACCAUUGAGCACAAGUGUAGAGAUCACGAGGAAGGUAGUGGAAGCGGCCCAGGCGAAACCACAUCUCAAAGUCAUGUGUGGCUUUUCACGCCGCUUCGACGCUUCGUACCGUGAUGCGUACGAGAAGAUGGACGCGGGCGUGAUCGGUAGACCAACGAUCAUCCGCUCCCAGACAUGCGACAAGCACGAUCCGAGCGGGUUCUUCGUGGAUUAUGCAGCCUUUUCUGGUGGCUGCUUUGUGGAUAUGAGCGUCCAUGACAUCGACCUCGCUCUCUGGUUCUUCGGUGAAGACACACUCGUCAAGUCCGUCUCCGCGGCCGGCGUCGUCGCAGUCGCCCCAGGCCUCAAGCAGCACCAAGACUACGACAAUGCGGUUGGUAUCGUCGAAUUCCACAACGGGAAGGUCGCCUACUUCUUCUGCUCGCGCAUGAUGGCACAUGGGCAGGAAGACACCACCGAGGUUAUUGGAACCGAGGGGAAGCUGGUGGUCAACGGGAAUCCUCAGGCGAAUCUAGUUAAUACAUACACAACGACUGGGAUCAACAGGGAGAUACCGCCGCACUACUAUGGCCGGUUUGAGCAUGCUUUCGUAUUGGAAGCCAACGAGUUCACAGCCGCAUGCCUCGAUGGAACAAAACUCCCGCUCAAGAUCACCGGUGCCUUGCGAGCGGUACAGAUCGGCGCUUACCUUCAAGAAGCCGUGCGAACAGGCAAGAAGCUUAACUUUGACGAGACCGAGCGUCGGGUCGAGAGGGCGUCCUUGUAA